UUGGUGAAUCACAGUAUCCGUCAGGAGAAAUGUAUAUUUCGUGAUAAAUAUAAAGUGUUGUGGAAUAUAUCGAGAUUUCUAGUGUCAGAGUGUUAAAUGUUGUAUUUACUUUCAUUCGAAAUAUUCCGAAUUAUUUAUUCCUGGAAUUUUAAGAUUAUGAGCUACGAUUUUAACCUUUAAUGACAGACAUACAACUGUAGUUUUUUAAGGUAAUAGAAGAAACAUCAGCAUGCAGACAAUAAAAUGCGUGGUAGUAGGGGAUGGGGCUGUGGGUAAAACUUGCCUUCUGAUUUCAUACACUACCAAUAAGUUUCCAUCAGAGUAUGUGCCUACAGUAUUUGACAAUUAUGCAGUAACAGUAAUGAUAGGUGGUGAUCCAUAUACAUUGGGACUAUUUGAUACUGCUGGACAGGAAGAUUACGAUAGACUUAGACCUCUAAGUUAUCCUCAAACAGAUGUAUUCCUUGUUUGUUUUUCAGUAGUUUCACCAUCAUCUUUUGAAAAUGUUAAGGAAAAGUGGGUACCGGAAAUAACGCAUCAUUGUCCAAGGACACCAUUUUUAUUGGUUGGUACUCAAAUCGAUUUGAGAGACGACGUUGCUACUAUCGAAAAAUUGGCAAAAAAUAAGCAAAAACCGAUAUCCGCGGAACAAGGGGAGAAGCUCGCGAAAGAGUUGAAAGCGGUAAAAUACGUGGAAUGUAGUGCUCUUACGCAGAAAGGUUUGAAAAAUGUGUUCGACGAAGCUAUCUUGGCCGCAUUGGAACCUCCAGAGCCAGUAAAAAAAAGAAAGUGCACGCUGCUAUAAAAAGAGAGUAUUCGUUGGAGGGAGGAUGCGUGUUCAGAAAGGGAAAUAACGUUACGCGUAAGAAUAACGAGCGGCAAAUUUGAUGCGUAGUAUAAAGCACUGUUAGAAAAGUCGAAACUGUGCUUAUGCGGUUCCUUUUUGAAAAAGAAACAUUAAUUUUCCGGGAUCAGCUAACAGCCGCUAAUAACGCAGCGCGACAAUUUCAAUUGAAUCUUAUCACGAUUAUCGUAUUAUAAAUAAUUGCGACCACAUUCCACGCAACGUAAAAUUUCGAUCGCCAAUUUUCGCCAAUCAAAUCCAGUGUAUUUCUCAAUGGGUAUAUACAUAUGGCACAAACGUUUUCUAGUUUUGUAAGCUUCGCUUGUAAAAUUGUCUACA